CCGCCUCUGCUGCUGACAUCACUCUUCCUCGCGGCUCGUCGCCUCGCUUGGAGUCCCAUCAAGGUCUGAGUCUCCCGCUGUGACCGAAGGCGAUGCCUCAUCACCAUUCAUUCUCAGGCAGGCUCUCAGGACAAACACACACUCGCACCGCUCCUUGGACAACUUUUUUCUGAAACAAAAUAAAGCGUGAUGAUGGCAGAAGAAAGUAGGGGCAAGCGAAGGAAACAAGCCAACCCCAGGAGGAAUCGAGUGGAUGCUGAGCAGGUGAGUUCCCUGGGGUCAGAGGGGGAGGAUGAGGUGGGCCUGUGGAGCCUGGAGCCCCAGGACUGUCAGGAGAGCCUGGACAAGACGAGCCUGACGCCCAGCGAGGGGACGGAGGAGCCCGGCAGCCCGGCCCACUCCACCCGGCCGCUUAGCCUCAGCCCCGGCAGCAGGAGCUACUGGCCGCAGGUGGAGCGGGAGGCGGAGGCGACAGAAGACGCCAACACAGCAUCUGCCACCGACAGGGAGGGAGACCAGGAACCGUUGAGGAUAUACUGCAAUAACUCAGACUCCCAGAAUUCCUUGGAGGACCUGGCCCACUAUGAGUUUCUGGCCCAGUUGAAGAAGGCCUCUACCUCAACCAGUCUCCUGGAGCGCUUGAACCACAGCGGCUCCGCAGCAGCGUACCACGCAGGCAGCCGGCUGGACGAGCUGCCCCCGGCCAUCUGGUCUCCUGGAGCUCAGCACAGCUCACCUGAGGGGACAGAUGCAGGGAGGAGCGAGCAGGCCUGUCCGUUCUGCCACAGGAUGUUUCAGCGAGGAUCUUCUUUGAGGGACCACAUCAAGUACUGUCAGGAGAGGGAGGGGGGCCACAUGGUCUGUCCACUCUGUGGAUACACUGCCACCCUUAGGGCACAGAUGGAGCGGCACCUGGCACUUCAUAACCAAAUGCAGGACAAGAGUGUCCUCGGUUUGGAUCAAGGCAUUGAGACGAGGAAGUUCAAAUGUCUGCAGUGUGGGAAAGCUUUCAAGUACAAACACCACCUCAAAGAGCAUCUCCGCAUCCACAGCGGUGAAAAGCCUUACGAGUGCUCCAACUGCAAGAAGCGUUUCUCUCACUCCGGCUCCUACAGCUCCCACUUAAGCAGCAAAAAGUGCCUGAAUGGGGGGGGGAUCACAGGAGGAGCCAGCAGUGCGUUUAAUGGACAUAGCCAAAGCUCCUUCCACCACUCAUUUCCAACAUCUCCCUCAGGAGGAGGGGGCGGAAACAGUUCUGAAAAGGGCUCUCCGAUUGCAUCACAGUCCAAAGGUUAUGCUGGUCCUCUGGGUCGAGGACCAGAGGAUCCUAACCAUCUCUCCCUGCAGGACCCCAACACCACGGGCUUCCCCAGAGCGUCAGACCUGGCUCAGCUUUGGGACUCCUCAGCAGAGCUCUCUGUGAGGACCAGUAUACUGAAAGGGACCACCCUGCUGCCUUAUCUGCACACUGGGACCAAGUUUGAACAGAUGCUGCAGGAAAUGCUUCACAGGGAGGUGAAGAAAGAUGUGGACAUGGACAGAGGAGAAGCUGCGAUGGAGGAAAGGAAGGGGUUUUUCAACGGAGGAGGGGCUGACAUGAAGGUCUCCCCCGACAGGAGGAGAGAGGCAGUGAGGUCAGGUGAGGGAGAGAGAGGUGUUCUUGGGAUGUCGUGCCGCUGGUGCUACCACCUUUUCCCCAACGUAGCAGUGCUCCUGCAACACGAGCGCUACCUCUGUAAGUUGAACCGAGAGGCAAUGGAGGUGCCUGAGGGUCUACGCAGCAAAGACCACUACUCACCACCUUUAUACUUCCCAAGAUCUGCUAUCAAAGCAGAGAGCAGCAAACUAAGUGAAGCAACCAACGGCCUCUCCGAAAACAAAUCACUGUUACAGAAGCUCAGCUGGCACUCUAUACCGCAGCAGCUUUUAGUCGCAAUGCAAUCUCCCCCACACGAUAACCGGUCCUCACGAGCCUUCUGGCCAAACCAGGAAAAGGGAAGCCCCAGCCAUCCAAUCAACCACUCCCCAGAGCUGACAUCACCUCGAGUCAGAAGAAGGUUUCCAUCAGGAUUUGGCUCUCCGCUCUGCCUGGACCUCACCAGCUGUCCCCCUGAGUUGACCUCCCCUCAGAGCAGCCCGUGGUCCGGACAGAACGAGCCCCUCGACCUCUCCCUGCCCAAGCAGCUCUCAGGUCAUGAGGGGAGACACAAAACUGUAAAUGGUAAUGCAGCCCGAGGAGAGAGGAGAGAGCGUGGGAACCAGCAGCUCAAGAGACCAAGUCCAUCCCCUCAUCUCCCCCUCCACCACCACCCUAUCUUCAGCAGGGCUGGAGCUCCUGUGUUUCCAGGUUCAUUGUAUAAUGGAUUUCCUAUCUUCAACCAGUCUGGUUUAGGGCUUUCAGGACAUGACGGCAUUGCAGCGAUUCCAUUCAGCCAGCCAGCUAACAGCCCUGGGUUUCUCUCUCCCAUGGCCUUCAUGAUGGAGGCAGACGCAGAGGCCACACUGAAGAAGAUCCAUCAGGAGAGACAAGCUCUUAUGGGUGAGGUGUUAAGCCGCGGCGCUCUGGACUACCUCUCUCUCAUGGAUGACGGACUGGAUGGAGGACCAGGGAGGAAGAGACUGAAGAAGACCGAUGAAGGGCUUUACGCUUGUGACAUCUGUGAAAAAACCUUUCAGAAGAGCAGCUCUCUGCUUCGACACAAAUACGAGCACACAGGAAAGCGUCCCCACGAGUGCAAGGUCUGCAACAAAGNUAUAAUUUUCUCAUAG